AGACACAACCAUCUUGUAGUAUCUGUUAACAUACGGGAAGCUGUGCACGCAGAACCCAGGGAUCCUUGCAUUAGUUCCAAUGGUAUCUUUAACAUGUUUCUCGUUUUUCUGAGUUUUCUUUUGUUGCUCCAGGCUGCUCACUUCUUAUUACCAGCAACAUGACAUUACGGCACUGAUUCGGUCUGGCACAGCACCCCCUUUUACUAUGCUCAAGAUCUUCUUUUAAACACACUGAUAGAGAAAUGACUGCAGAUGAAGUGCUGCUGCCCAAUUUGACAGAUGAGUCGGAACUAUUGUAGGAUCCCCCUGCGGGACCAGCUAACUUUAGUAUCCUGGAAAAAACAGCCGAGGGCGCUGUGUUGCAGCUCUCGGCAACUAACCGUGCAGCUCAGCCUGCACUUUUUUUGAUGCUAACAGUUUGAUAUACUUUGUCUACAAAGUUAAUAAAGAAGGGCAGAAGCAAGGAAGGGAACGGUAGCGAGCUCUUAUCGAGAAAUCAGAUGGUUGCCGGGCUACCAGGCUGCACUGAGGGGACUUACUAGUAGGGGCUGUCUCCGUUUAAACUUCUGGCUCCUGCUGCUGCUGCCUUCCUUGAGGGAGGGGGAAAGACAGCAAAUUCAUAGCCUGUGAAUGAUAAGGCAGCAAGCUAUCUUUACUGAAAGCCCUCCUAAACCCCUCCAUAACUGCAAAGGAAUGUUAGGCACCGGUGAGCUAUUAAAGUAGUUGUGAAAACAGCAACGUCUGGAGAUGAUACAAGACCUUUGGCGGCAACGAAGGAAGUUGGUCCAUCAGAAGAUGUUACAUCUGCAGGGCUACGAUAAGAAGGUACAGGAGCCAACGUGUUGUGCAGAGAUGUUACAGCAGCGGCGGAGAUGGCGUUGCAGACUAGUCACGCACUGCUGCACAUUGUGGCUGCUCCUGGAAUUUGGGCUUGGAAUUCAAGGCGCUAAGGGAACAGACUUGCCUGACUUUGCCUCUACCUCAUCGUGGAACACAUCAAUUGAAACAGACAAAGACUACUACUUGGUCCUUGACGAACCGAUGAACAACAUCACAACAUCACUUGGACAGACUGCAGAACUACACUGUAAAGUGUCUGGCAAUCCUGUACCUUCUAUUCGCUGGUUAAAAAAUGAUGCUCCUGUCGUUCAAGAGCCCAGAAGGAUAUCAUUUCGGCAAACCAGUUAUGGAUCACGAUUACGAAUCCGAAACCUUGAUACCACUGACACUGGCUACUUUCAGUGUGUUGCUACCAAUGGCAGGAAAACAGUUUCAACAACAGGUGUACUCUUUGUAAAAUUUGGUCCACCACCAACAGUAAGCCCAGGAAAAACAUCAACUGAUGAAUACGAAGAAGAUGGCUUCUGCCAGCCAUACAGAGGAAUUGCAUGUGCCAGAUUUAUUGGAAACCGGACAAUUUAUGUUGAUUCUUUACAAAUGCAAGGAGAAAUAGAAAAUCAAAUCACAGCUGCAUUUACAAUGAUUGGCACAUCUAAUCAUUUAUCUGAUAGGUGCUCACAGUUUGCCAUUCCUUCUCUGUGCCAUUUUGCUUUUCCUUACUGUGAUGAAACUUCAGCAACACCAAAGCCUCGGGACCUUUGUCGUGAUGAAUGUGAAAUUUUAGAAAAUGACUUAUGCAAAACGGAAUACAUCUUUGCAAGGUCUAAUCCUAUAAUACUGAUGAGACUCAAGCUGCCCAACUGUGAAGAUCUUGCCCUGCCUGACACCCCAGAAGCUGCAAACUGUAUGAGAAUUGGCAUCCCCAUGGCAGAACCUAUAAACAAAAAUCACAAAUGCUACAAUGGGACAGGGGUAGAUUAUCGUGGAACUGUAAGUGCGACUAAAUCAGGAAGGCAGUGCCAGCCAUGGAAUUCACAACAUCCACAUACGCAUUCAUAUACCGCGCUCAGAUAUCCAGAGCUGAAUGGAGGACAUUCAUAUUGCAGGAACCCUGGGAACUUCAAGCAGGCUCCAUGGUGCUUUACACUGGAUGAAAAUGUGAAGAUGGAACUUUGUGAAAUCAUUGCCUGUGAUACCACAGAGAAGAACAAGAUGGAGAUUCUGUACAUUCUUGUGCCAAGUGUAACGAUACCUGUAGCAAUAGCAUUUUUAUUCUUUUUUAUCUGCAUCUGUCGCAACAACCACAAGUCUUCAAGCCCACCUCAACAGAGACAACCUAAACCUGUUAGAGGACAGAAUGUGGAAAUGUCCAUGCUGAGUGCUUACAAACCAAAGAGCAAAGCAAAGGAAUUACCCCUUUCUGCUGUACGUUUCAUGGAAGAGCUUGGAGAAUGCACAUUUGGAAAAAUUUAUAAGGGACACCUUUAUCUUCCAGGCAUGGAUCAUGCACAACUCGUAGCUAUUAAAACGCUUAAAGAUUUUUCCAACCCUCAGUUAUGGACAGAAUUUCAACAGGAAGCUUCACUUAUGGCAGAACUACAUCACCCUAAUGUCGUUUGCCUUUUGGGAAUCGUUACACAAGAACAACCUGUGUGCAUGCUUUUUGAGUACAUGAACCAGGGGGAUCUGCAUGAAUUCCUAAUUAUGAGGUCUCCCCAUUCAGAUGUUGGAUGUAGCAGUGAUGAAGAUGGCACAGUUAAAUCAAGUUUAGAUCAUGGUGACUUUUUACACAUAGCAAUACAAAUUGCAUCAGGAAUGGAAUAUCUCGCUAGCCAUUUCUUUGUCCAUAAAGACCUUGCAGCUCGUAACAUUAUAGUUGGUGAGCAGCUUCAUGUAAAAAUUUCUGAUCUUGGACUGUCACGAGAAAUUUAUUCAUCUGAUUAUUAUAGGGUUCAGCCAAAAUCUCUGUUACCAAUUCGAUGGAUGGCACCGGAAGCAAUAAUGUAUGGGAAAUUCUCAUCAGAGUCUGAUGUUUGGUCCUUUGGAGUACUUUUGUGGGAGCUCUUUAGUUUUGGUCUUCAACCAUAUUAUGGCUUUAGCAACCAAGAAGUCAUUGAGAUGAUCAGGAAACAUCAGCUUCUGCCUUGCCCUGAAGAUUGUCCCUCCAGGAUUUACAAUUUGAUGACAGAAUGCUGGAAUGAGAUUCCUACCAGAAGGCCACGAUUUAAAGAUAUUCACUGUAGAUUGAGAUCAUGGGAGGGUCUUUCAAGUCAUACCAGUUCUACUACUCCAUCUGGAGGAAAUGCCACUACUCAGACAACAUCCCUAAGUGCAAGUCCAGUUAGCAACCUCAGUAACUCUAGGUUCCCUAAUUAUAUAUUUGCACCACAAGGCAUUCCUCAGGGUCAGAUUGCUGGCUUCAUUGGUGCUCCAAUGCAUCCAAACCAGAGAUUUAUUCCAGUAAAUGGAUAUCCCAUUCCUACAGGGUAUGCAGCCUUUCCAGCUGCUCACUAUCAACCACAUGGUCCACCAAGAGUCAUACAGCACUGUCCACCUCCAAAGAGUCGUUCACCAAGCAGUGCAAGUGGGUCAACUAGCACCGGCCAUGUAACAAGUUUGCCUUCAUCAGGAUCAAAUCAUGAUGCAAAUACUCCACUGCUGUCUCACAUGCCAGUUACAAGUCAUCCUGGUGGAACUGGAGUGCAAGUUUUUCAAAAUAAGGCUCAGAAACCUUUAAAGAUGGACUCAACACAGACAUCUUUAUUAGGGGACCCUAGUAUACAUAUACAUAAUGAAUGUGUUAUUACAACAGAAAUGUAAAUAUUUUUAUAGUUUUGUGAAUAUGUUCAAUUGUUAGGAAACAAAUGGAAAGAGAUUUAUAUGCAGAACUUUUAUUAAAAAAAAAACAUUAAAAAUACAUUUACAUGGUGAAAAACCGUUUGCCAGAAAUGCCUUCUAUGAAGUUUUACUACCUGCCUGUAGGGAUAGAGUGGUAUUAUACCAGUACCUUUCCAGUGAAGACAUUAUAAAGUAUUAGUGCUGAACAGCAUCAAUUAACUAGGCUACGAUAUACCUUGUCUUCAAAAGAAAAACCUUAUAUUCAUUAAAUGAUGUUUGGGUAAAGCCUGUGUAAAGUAAGAAAUCCAAAUCCAGAGGUUUACAAUUGCACUUAAUCUGUAGUAUGUGUUCUGACUAAUCAACAUCUGAAUAAUUACACAUUUAAAAUUGCAGGUUUAUUCUUCUGCACACUUUUUAUUAUGGUGAAAAUGAUGGUGAUAUUUGUCUAUCCCUGUUAAUUAAGAUGAGGACUUGAUGCAUUUAUGACUAAAAAUCAGGUUAUGAAGAAAUAGACUGUAUUCAUUAGCCUGGUAAAUGCAGUUCAUAAAUCAUUGUUCUGCUAACACUAGGUGGAGUCAUAUGAUCUGUCCAAAAAAGUAUUAAAAAUUACAGUAGUAACUUAUACCAAUUAAUUUAGUUAUUAUGAAUAUAAGUGCAGUUAUUUUUGUUUCCUGUUGCUAUGCAACUUAAUGUCCAAAGAUCCAACCAAGCCACAUUCAUAAAUGACAAUCAUUGUUACACAGUAAGACAGUUACAUAACAUGACAAUUACUAUGUAUUUUGCUUGAUCAGAAGACAGUUGCCAUUUCCAUUUGACUCAAGUCGAAUACCUUCCGAAUGCCUUUUGACCAGUGAACUAUAUGCAAAAACUGUGACACUGACAUUUGUAGACCAAAUUACUUGCAAUGUCUGACUGUUGUUGGUACAAAGAUGAUGUAUAGUGUAAGCAAAACAUAUGUGUAUGUCUUUUUAUAUAGAGAACAACUUGUAUUCGCUUAAUAAACUGUAAUUUUCUUUUUAUAUAAAUAAUUAUAAAACCACUUGAACAGUAAUAGGGAAAACAUACUGAAUGUUGUUCAUUUUGAUGUACCUCUCACCUGUUCUUACUUGUAAACAUAAUGCCAGUGUGUUUAUCCAGAAAGAAUCAAGUCAGACCCUUUUUGGAGAAA